AAGUUGGACCCUUCUGUUUCAGGUACUGUAUCUCUCUGCUUCUAUCCUGUAACCAGCCAUGAUCCUGCAGGCAGCUGCGCUCAGCGUCCUCCUCUGCUGCGUGCACACUUACACUCUAUGGGCUCCUUUUGAAAAGACUGAGGAGUCCUCUGGCAACACCAUUGAGGAUGAGACCCUCAGUGUCUCUGAGCUGUUGGAGAGGGCCAAUGUGGAUGUUGGAAAGAACUUUGACGAGCCGAUGGUGAUGUUUGGAGACAUCGCCGUGCCCACAGGUCUGCAGAACGCUGAUCCCUGCACAGCACGAGGCUGCCUGUGGCCCAAAGCCACCGACGGAAACGUCUACGUACCCUACCGCAUCUCCAACCAGUACUCCCAGAGAGAGAGACAAACCAUCGUCCGAGGCCUGAGGUCUUUUGCUGCGUCCACCUGCAUCCGCUUCACCCCCCUCAACAGACAGAGUGACUUUGUCGACAUCCAGUCCCGAUCAGGGUGUUUCUCCUUCGUCGGCCGUCGUGGUAGAAGCCAGGUAUUGUCUUUGAGUCGUCAGGGGUGUGUUUUCAAGCAGAUCAUCCAACAUGAGCUGCUCCACGCCCUAGGCUUCGACCAUGAGCAGACCCGGUCCGACAGAGACCAGCAUGUCCGCAUCCUGCUGCAGAACGUCAUGCCCGGAACGGAGUCCAAUUUCAGGAGGAUCAGAACAAGGAACCUUGGCACUCCCUAUGACUACAACUCUGUCAUGCACUAUGACAGGUUUGCCUUCUCCAGGAACCGACAGCCGACCAUCAUCCCUAUCCCCGACAGCAACGUAGCCAUUGGGAGAGCCACCCAGAUGAGUCCGACUGACAUCCUCCGGGUCAACCGCCUCUACGGAUGCAAUUCCACUGCAUCCAGACCUCACCUGAAACCGGUGCAAAGAAAACAUUUCUUGGAGAAAUGAAGGAAUUCAAGAGGAAAUAAUACAAAUUCAUACAGCUUCUUAUCUACAAGCAAAACCAAGAUGCAUCUGGUGUUGAAUGAAUGUGCUUUAAUUCAGAUUACAUUAGCUUGUGUGCUGUCUCACUAAGAAAUUCAAAUUAAAAAAUGUUCACUUAGAUAAAUGACUGCUAAUGAGCUUGAUUAAAUACAAAGGAUGAAUAAAAAUGUUUGUUCACAGACCAUAA